AUGUCUUCCGCUCAGGAAAUCAGCACCCCUUGCACUUACUCUGAGAGUCGCCGCACUUCUGCGUCGUCAGCCAGCGGCGUCGCUUCAUUGACCUCGUCAACCGAGAACGUCACAGAGCUCAAACCUGACAUGACCACCCAUGUCUGGGUAUCUCAGAAUCCAAACCACCCUCUUCCAGCAUACGCCCGGGACUAUCCCAAACCUACUGGCGAAAUCAACAUUGACGAGGCUCUCAACCGCAAGCCCGGCCGAUGGACCUUUCGCGGCACCGUUGAGGCAGGCCUGAAGAAACAGCCUCGCUCUAUCAUCACCGAGGUCAGCAAAGAGGAAGCUUAUGCCGCGGCUAAGGCGUCGCUCCUUGAGACUGCUGCGCAAAUGAAUGCGGCCAAGUCCAAAUAG